CGCGCCGACUGGCCAGUGCCGCUGCCCCUCAGCGCCCCCUGGGCACCGCCCACGUCCACGGCCCGGAGCCUCCGGGCCAGCAGCUGGGUGGGAGGGACUCGGACCGAAGUAGCGGGCGCCCAGGAUAGCGGCGGCUCGGCCGUGCCAUGGAGCCUGGCUCUGCCGCGUCCCCCGGGCCUUCCCGCUCGUUUAAGGAGGAGCUGCUGUGCGCCGUCUGCUACGACCCCUUCCGCGACGCCGUGACGCUGCACUGCGGCCACAACUUCUGCCGCGGGUGCGUGAGCCGCUGCUGGGAGGUGCAGGUGACGCCCACCUGCCCCGUGUGCAAGGAUCGCGCGUCCCCCGCCGACCUGCGCACCAACCACACCCUCAACAACCUGGUGGAGAAGCUGCUGCGCGAGGAGGCCGAGAGCGCGCGCUGGGCCGGCCAGCGCUCCUCGCGCCACUGCCGCCUGCACCGUGGCCAGUUGAACCUCUUCUGCCUGGAGGACAAGGAGCUCCUGUGCUGCUCGUGCCAAGCCGACUCCCGGCACCAGGGCCACCGCGUGCAGCCGGUGAAGGACACCGCACACGACUUUCGGGCCAAGUGCAGGAACAUGGAACACGUGCUGCGGGAGAAAGCCAAGGCCUUCUGGGCUAUGCGGCGCUCCUAUGAGGCCAUGGCCAAGCACAAUCAGGUGGAAGCUGCCUGGCUGGAAGGCCGUAUCCGGCAGGAAUUUGACAAGCUACGUGAGUUCUUGAGGGUGGAGGAGCAGGCCAUACUGGACUCAAUGGCCGAGGAGGCCAGGCAGAAGCAGCUCCUGGCCGAUGAGAAGAUGAAGCAGCUGGCAGAGGAAACCGAGGCACUGGCACAUGAGAUUGAGCGGCUGCAGGCGGAGAUGAAGGAAGAUGAUGUUUCCUUUCUCAUGAAACAUAAGAGCCGAAAACGGCGGCUCUUCUGCACCAUGGAGCCGGAGCCCGUCCAGCCUGGCAUGCUCAUCAAUGUGUGCAAGUACCUGGACUCCCUACAGUACCGUGUCUGGAAGAAGAUGCUCACGUCUGUGGAAUCUGUGCCCUUCAGUUUAGAUCCCAACACUGCAGCUGGCUGGCUAUCCGUGUCUGAUGACCUCACUAGCGUCACCAACCAUGGCUACCGUGUGCAGGUGGAGAACCCUGAGCGCUUCUCCUCGGCGCCCUGCCUGCUGGGCUCCCGCGUCUUCUCACAAGGCUCCCACGCUUGGGAGGUGGCCCUGGGCGGGCUGCAGAGUUGGCGGGUGGGCGUGGUGCGCGUGCGGCAGGACUCCGAGGGCCACUCGCACAGCUGCUACCAUGACACGCGCUCGGGCUUCUGGUAUGUGUGUCGUACGCAGGGGGUAGAAGGGGACCACUGUGUGACCUCUGACCCGGCCACACCGCCCUUGGUCUUGGCCAUCCCGCGCCGCUUGCGCGUGGAGCUGGAGUGUGAGGAAGGCGAACUGUCCUUCUACGAUGCUGAGCGCAACUGCCACCUGUACACCUUCCAUGCCCGCUUUGGGGAGGUGCAGCCCUACUUCUACCUAGGGGGUGCACGGGGAGAUGGGCCCCCCGAGCCUCUGCGCAUCUGCCCCUUGCGUGUCUCAGUCAAAGAAGAGCUGGAUGGCUGAGCAGACCAGGGGCUGGGGGUCUGGUUUUCUUCCUGAAGUCCCUGCUGCACAGCCUCUCCCUGACCAUCUCACUGGACUCCUUCCCCCUGACUCAGGCUCCAAGCUGCUUUGCUUAUUUCUCCUGUUGCCUCACUUCAAAGCUGCCAGGUGCUGUGUCCUGGCUCUGUGGAGCUAUGGUGCCUCCGGAUGUGAAUUUUCUGAAACCUCAUUCCAGCAUUUCUAGGGAAUAGUGCUCACUUCUGGGAUAGGCAUGGUGAGGCCAGCUAAUCUAGAAGACAAUUGCCAUGGAAAAAGAGAUGCUGAUUACUCAGUUCCCAAGGGACUCUGGGGGCUGGGAGGGAAGCACCAUCCUCAGGCAGGAGGCAAAAGUGAGGGGAGAUCCCGGGCCAUGUUUCUGUUGGAGUGACUGUGGUGAGCAACCCCCAUGUUAGAUCACAGGGGCUGCCAUUGUAGCCUGAUUUUGGUCCUGGAAUGAUGAGCCAGGGUGAUGUCGACCUGGAGUGUGAGAGCUGAGUAGAGGAGGCGAUAGGACUGUGGCUCUCACAGCAGAUCUGCAUAGAGGCGUCCAUCUCCAGCAAGCUCUUGGCUCUAGGAAUGAGUUGUAGGGGAAGGGCUGUCUCCAUGUCAGUGGUGCUGGGGAGGCCACAGCAUAGAGAAUACAUGGGAAAUGAGUGUUCAUCAGGGUGGCUGUCAUGUUGUUGGGACAGGACUUGCGGCUCAGCUGAUCCACCUUUUAUGUCAGGAUUAUAAAAAGGUUUUGUGUAUCCCCCCUGGGGCCCCACAGAGGGGAGGCAAGGGUGUCCAUCUCCUCUAGUCUGUGUGCUUCUUGGACAACUUCCUCUGAACAUAGGAUUCCCAAGGAAAGUGCUAGAGGCCCUGGCUUCAGCCUGUUCCCUCUCUGGGCCUUGGUUUCCUCAUAUGUGAAUGCAGGGCUGGGGGCUCAUGGCCGCCUGU